AAUGGCUGACACGUGGAUCAACCAGAUGACAAGUGGUUUAUAUGACGUAUAAGCAACAAAUUAAAUAUCAUUAGAACACAUACAACCAAAAUUGUUGUCAUGCCUUUAGGGACGCAUACAUUGCAUCACUAAAUAGCCUUAGGCACACAUAUCUCAUGGAAUGAUUGUGUGUACAUGGCUUCUCUAUUUAGUAAUUAGUAACAGACAGGUGCCUAGAUUAGGAAUAUAUAUACCAGAAACCACGGCCACGUACAGGACAGGAGUUCUACUCAGAUUAAAGACCAUAAUGGGGAAUUGUUUAGGAAAAAGAGGAGAAAAGGGUCAUAAACGGGGGAAUGAGGAUACUACACAAGCUUCACAGGAUUUUGGUUUCAAUCCAGAUUCAAACGUCAACUUAAACAAUGUGGCUAUCAGGGAUGAUAGUUCACAGAUAAGUUUGGACUUGCAGGUAUCCCAUAAUGCAUCAGCAAGAUUGCAGACAGACCAGCCACAAUCCCUUCAACCAGAAGUGGAUGCCCUAAACCUAGAAACUUUGGCUGUCAUUAGGACACUUGUGAAUAAUGACCAGGAGCCUCCCAGAGCAAUGGUUCUACUUCAUAAACUUGCAGACACAUCAGAGGCUGGCUGGUUGUCAGUUGUGAUGUCACUGGUGCAUGUCAUUCCAAUAGAGGACCCUCUUGGCCCUGCCGUAGUCACUCUGUUGCUAGAUGAGUGUCCUCUGCCAACUAAGGUGGGCCUAGAAAAGUUACUCGAACACUUAAAUUUAUCUGAGAAGCUUUCGAAUCAGAUCAAAGACUGUAACCAUAACUACUUAGUGAGGCACAGGAACAUAUGCGUAGUCUUAGGGUGUCUUGCUGAAAAAAUGGCAGGUCCAAGCAGUGUUAACUUGCUCAAUGAAGAUGUGUUGGGAUACCUAAUGGCAAAUCUUAACAAGUCACAGGAUCUCUCCAUAAUAUUGUAUUCCCUGAUAGCAUUAGAAAAGUUUGCGCAAACUAGUGAAAACAAAAUUACAAUCAACCGUAAAAUGUGUGCAAGUAAAAUUCACCCAUUAGAACCACUGGAGAAAUGGAGACAACAUAAGCAAUAUGCUAAAAAAGAAGUAGGAUUUUGUGCUCAAUGGUGUUUGGACAACCUGUGCCUCAUGUGCAUUAUGUUGGAAGUAAAUCCAUGA